UAACGCGCUGCGUUAUUUCGAGGAUCAGCUGUACUCAGAUAUGCAGUGAGCGCAGUGUGGACGUUUUAUGACGGUUUUUCUGAGAACUGACUGAACUUCGUUCAAAAAGCGGAAAAGCUGUCUUCUUGUACCUAGACUUGGCUCUACUGCAACAUGUCUGAUACAGUCAUGGAUAACUAGUCCCGUAGAGUCUCACGAGAUGAACUCACGAACGUGAUUUGAUGCUCGAAAGGUGAUGAACUGAAGCUAUAACUGGGGCCACUAUCAACACAGCUCCCAACAACUAUGGACUGACUGUUAUUAUGCAAGCAUGCGUCAGAGGAAAUACUAUUGUCAUCGAUUUCGGAUUAGGAUUUAGAUCUAAUGUGAAGACAUAAUAAAGGUAUCAUCUUUGAAAAUCACCAUGGCAACAUUCAACGUCAACCAAUCAAAUGAUUCAGCAUCAACGAGGAACCUCUUGUGGGAGGAAAAUGAAAACAUGGCCAAGACUCUCAUUCCUGCCAUGGCGUUUGUAGGAGCCAUAAUGGUGAUCGGAUUCUUUGGAAACAUUUUAGUAUGUUUCAUAUUCACAAGAAGGAUUCCUUUGUCUGUCAACACUUUUCUUCUGGUCUUCCUCGCGGCUUUGGACCUGGUGAACUGCACAUUGGCAAUGCCGUUCGAAAUAAUGGACAUGCGCUAUCAUUACCUUUUUGAAAGUGACAUAACAUGUAAGAUAUUUCGUUUUAUUGUAGCAUUUCCCAAUAUCGACUCGGCAUUUGUUUUGUUGAUCAUUACAGUCGACAGAUACAAGCGGGUAUGUAACCCCAUGUCAGAUCAAAUGACAUUUAAGGAUUCCAGGAGGAAUAUUACCAUAGCAACUGCUGCUGCCAUCCUUGUUUCUUUGCCAGCUUUGGUAAUAUAUGGAAAACGAACAGUGAAAACAAACACAUAUGAACUUAGAGGGCACGAUUGUACAACGAGUGAAAACAUGAAGGGUUCAAUUGUCCCCUUUAUUUACCAGAUAUUUGGAGGAAGUGUAAUGCUAGUCAUAUCUAUGGCGAUAUGCUAUAUGUAUAUCAACGUUUGGAGAGAAAUACGGAAACACAAAAAGAACAUUUGUAACAACACACAAUUUGUUCUUCGUGAAAAUUCAAGGAGAGGAAAUAUUGUAAGCACCAAUUCAGAUUUUCAAGAUGAAGAAAUACCACAUGACACAAAUCCAAAGCACAAAUUAAUCAGGGGAAAACGCAUAACCGUCAUUGCUUUUACAGUGACAUUUGCCUUCAUACUGAGUUUCCUCCCUUUUGCAGUGAUCAUGACGGUGCGCAGUGUUCAAACUUUGACAUUUCAUCCUGAUGGAGUCUGGUUUGUGACGUACAACAUUCUAAUUCGGUCGUACUUCAUCAGUUCAAUGACAAACCCAUUAGUGUACGGAUUCAUGAGUCUGAGGUUUAGACAGGAAUGUUUUAAUGUGGGUUUUUCAAAAUGCAUUUGUGAAAGACGACAAUAAAUAUAUUCCUGAACAUA